CAGGUGACGGCCUGCCUUCCCAGGCCCCACAACCCCCGAGAUUCCGCGCGCCUGCCUCCCGCCCGCCCGCUGCGAUCGCCCCUUCCAGGCCCUCGGUCUGUCCGCUGGGGGCGCGCGCAGUGCCUGGCAGGCGGCCUCGGCGCCGGCGGCUGGGAGCUCGGGUCGCGUGGCGGUGCGUGGUUGCUAGGGGCGUCUCAGGCCGCCCGCUUGCCCAGCAGGCCGAGGGAGGAAGCCCCGCGGAGCCGGCGCCGAGCCGGGGCGAAGCUGGGUCCGCUAGGGAGACAUAGCUAGGGAUUUAUCUCAUAAGAGAAAAUGAGGAUGAUUCCUACGAUCCUCUCCAAUCUUCCAGGAUAAGUUCCAGGCUCCACACCCAGAAUGGGGCUUGAACUCACAACCCUGAGAUCAAGAGUUGUACAUUCUACUGACUGAGCCAGCCAGGCGCCCUGCACCCCAUGUUAUUCUGAUGCAGGUGACUGAGAGAAAGAAGGUUUCACUGAAAGCAACUGAAGGUCAAGAGUGCAGAGCUGGUGUGACAAGCUUGAAGUGGUUGGAUAUGCACGUGGAAAAGAUGAGGUCAGUGUGUUGGCUCCUAAAGUAAGUUCCUCACAAGCUGUCGAUUGGAGGGUCAACUGAUGGUGGAUCCUUUAGGCUUAGUCAGAGAGACUACUACAAAAACAUUUCCUUGGUAUGGAUGCCAGGAUUCCAUUCAGAAUUAUCCCAGAUGAGUGACUUCUUAUAGAAGGGUCUUGUUUUUCCAACCCUCUGGAUGCUGUCAUUUCUGAAAACUGGAGAUUAUUUUGUGACUUUGAUUUAGAAAGAGAGAGAAGGAAGCCGCUCAGUGAAGUCACAGAUGGUGAGACAGACAGAUGCAUUUUUCUUCGGAGAGAGAGCAAAGAGCUCCGAGGGAGUGGGAACCUGCUGACGGACUUCGAGAAUGCAGCCGCAGCUUCUAGAGGUGCGUGGCACCUGUUCCGAGUUGGGCCACGAGGCCACGCGGCCAUGAUGGGGGCCCCUCAUGGCCUCUGCAGGAACAGAGCACUACAGUAUUGGCCUCCGCCAGGGAACCAGCUUCAAGCAGAGUGGCCCCUCCGGCUCGGUGCCUGCCCGGCCGCUGGAGAAGCCCUCUGAGGGCAGAGGCUGGGCGCAGGCCCAUCAGCAGGUGAAGCCAAUCUGGAAGCUGGAGCGGAAGCAGGUGGGGACACUGUCAGCGGGGUUGGGCCCUGGCCUCUUGGGUGUCCCAGCCCAGCCAGCGUAUUUCUUUUGCCCUGGCACUUUGUGUAGCUCGGGGCGCUCGGCUGUCAUCGCGGGCCACAGCGGCUCCUGUUCCCUGCACUCGCUCCCAGACUUGUUCAGCGGCACCUUGCUAUACCGCCGCGCCAGCUACAGCCACAAAUCCUACCAGCAGCUGGAGUCCUUCUGCUUGCGCUCAAGCCUGCCAGAAAAGAGACCUUUCUCUCUCCCUCCAAAGAGCCUCCCUGUCAGACUCACUGCCAAUAAGGCCCCUUCUUUCACGGUCUCCCCCAUGGCCCAGCCCAUGGCGUCCUCCACAGAUCCGUACCUCUCAGUGGGCGCAGCUGGAGAAAACCCUUCGGGGAAGAGCCUGGCCUCUGCCAUCUCAGGGAAGAUCCCGUCUCCGCUCGCCUCCUCCCACUCCUCCUACAAGCCCGUGCUGAAUAACAACUCCUUCAUGCGGCCAAAUAGCACUAAAGUGCCUUUAUCGCAGGCCCCAGAGGGCCUGAAGCCAGUACCCUCACCCAAGGUCCAUCUUGUCCCCUGGCAUCAUUCGGGGGGCACCGGAGACUGUGCACUCCAGCCCGUGGAGCACAGGGUGCCCAAGAGCGAUGGCACUGUCCCAGGUGACGCCCCGGCCCCUAGCACCCUGUCAGCCCCUCGCUCUUUUGACACUCUGACCACCAAUGUUGCCUCUUCCCAGUACAACCGCAGUAACUUAGCCGCAAGAGCAGAGCCGCAUCCUUGUGGCCUGGAUGGCGACUUGGUUCCUCAGGCUCUGACUAAGGAGGUUCGGUUCACUGAGGCCGUGAGAAAGUUGACUGCAAGAGGCUUUGAGAAGAAGCCAAGGCAAGGCUGCCAGUUUGAACAGUCUUGUUUCCUGAGCCCCGGCUUGCAGUGUGAUCUCCUCAACAGGACCCGGCAGUGGAAACCUCCCAUGGUAGGCCAGCAGUUCCCGCAGGAGGAUGCCGGAGCAAACAGUAGGAUCCCCCCUAGCGCCUCAGACACCUUGGAGUUGGACAGUACGGUCUUCUGUACCAAACGCAUCAGCAUUCACCUCCUUGCCUCCCAUGCCAGUGCGCUCAGCCACAGCCCUGCCUGUGGAUCUGCGAUGGACUCCCUACCACUUGGAGAAGAGAAAACUUCUGUUCUGCCUUCUCCCCCUCAGCUGCUUGGUGUAGCCGACGUGGCCACCCGCCUCUCUUCCAUCCAUCUGGGCCAGCUUGGGAAGGAGGGGCCUAAGGAAGCCAGGGGACUGGACUCCCCUGCUAGGGAUAUCGGUUCACCUACAGACCCCCAGCUAGACCUGGGUGAGGCUGAAGAUCUAGAAGAAGAGCUAGUAGCAGAUGGUUUGGAGGACUGCUGCAGCCAUGAUGAGAAUGAAGAGGAAGAGGGAGACUCAGAGUGUUCCUCAGUCAGUGCUGUCUCCACCAGCGAGUCAGUAGCAGUGAUCUCUCGGAGCUGUGCGGAGAUUCUGACCAAACCCCUCUCCACUGAGAAAAUUGUCCGGCCAGCCCUCAUCUACAGCCUCUUUCCCAACGUGCCCCCUACCAUCUAUUUUGGCACCCGGGAUGAGAGAGUGGAGAAACUUCCCUGGGAGCAGAGGAAGCUGCUCCGGUGGAAGAUGAGCACAGUGACCCCCAACAUUGUCAAGCAGACCAUUGGACGGUCCCACUUCAAAAUCAGCAAGAGAAAUGAUGACUGGCUGGGCUGCUGGGGUCACCACAUGAAGUCUCCUAGUUUCCGAUCCAUUCGGGAGCAUCAGAAGCUAAACCACUUCCCAGGUUCCUUCCAGAUUGGGCGAAAGGACCGACUGUGGCGGAACCUGUCUCGCAUGCAGAGCCGCUUUGGCAAGAAGGAGUUCAGCUUCUUCCCCCAGUCCUUCAUCCUGCCCCAGGAUGCCAAGCUCCUGCGCAAAGCCUGGGACAGCAGCAGCCGGCAGAAGUGGAUUGUUAAACCGCCAGCGUCAGCCCGAGGCAUUGGCAUCCAGGUCAUUCACAAGUGGAGUCAGCUCCCCAAGCGAAGGCCCCUCCUGGUACAGAGGUAUCUACACAAACCCUACCUCAUCAGCGGCAGCAAGUUCGAUCUGCGAAUCUAUGUUUACGUCACCUCCUACGAUCCUCUGCGGAUUUACCUCUUUUCAGAUGGACUCGUCCGCUUUGCCAGUUGCAAGUACUCCCCUUCCAUGAAGAGCCUUGGCAACAAGUUCAUGCACCUGACCAACUACAGUGUCAAUAAAAAGAAUGCCGAGUACCAGGCCAAUGCCGAUGCAACGGCCUGCCAGGGCCACAAAUGGGCACUGAAGGCUUUAUGGAACUACCUGAGCCAGAAGGGAGUCAAUAUUGAUGCCAUCUGGGAGAAGAUAAAGGAUGUUGUUGUCAAAACCAUCAUCUCGUCCGAACCCUAUGUGACCAGCCUACUGAAGAUGUACGUGCGGCGGCCGUACAGCUGCCACGAGCUCUUCGGUUUUGACAUCAUGUUGGAUGAGAACCUCAAGCCCUGGGUCCUGGAGGUCAACAUCUCCCCGAGCCUCCACUCCAACUCUCCCCUGGACAUCAGUAUCAAAGGCCAGAUGAUCCGGGACCUUCUGAACCUGGCAGGCUUUGUUCUGCCCAACGCAGGGGAUGUCGUGUCCAGCUCCAGCAGCUCCGGCAGCUCCAGCGCCAGCCUGCCCAGCUCCCCCAGUGAUAAAUGUCGAAUGGCCCCGGAGCAUUUCACUGCACAGAAGAUGAAGAAAGCCUAUUAUCUGACCCAGAAAAUUCCUGAUCAGGACUUCUAUGCAUCUGUGCUGGAUGUCCUGACGCCAGAUGACGUUCGGAUUCUGGUUGAGAUGGAGGAUGAGUUUUCUCGCCGUGGUCAAUUUGAACGAAUUUUUCCUUCUCGAAUCUCCUCUCGCUAUCUCCGCUUUUUUGAGCAGCCACGAUAUUUCAACAUUCUCACCACCCAAUGGGAACAGAAGUACCAUGGCAACAAGCUCAAAGGAGUAGAUCUGCUUCGGAGUUGGUGCUACAAAGGGUUCCACACAGGAGCCAUCUCUGAUGCGGCUCCAGUGUGGUCCCUCCCAACAUCACUUCUGACCGUCCCAAAGGGGGAUGUGGCACUCAGUGCUCUCUCCAAAUCAGAGACUGACAAGCUGGGAAAACACAGCUUCUCCGAGGGAAGCAUACCACUCUCUGAAGACGGGACCAUCCCGAAGCCCAAGAAGACCCAAGCUGGCCUUUCUCCUCUCCCCAGGAAACCCAGUUCUUCCAAGGACAGUGAGGACACCAGCAAAGAGCCCAGCGUCUCCACCCAGAUGUUACCUCUGAUGAAGUACUCUGGGCAGACUUCGAGACUGUCUGCUUCCCCCACCUCCCAGUCAACCGGUGACUCACUCCUGGCUGCUGUGAGCCCGUGACUGGCCUCCCUCCACUCGCCCCUGCCUAGGAGCACCGGUAUUAGCUACCUCAUGGGAACUGGCCGGCCGGCUGGCUGGUCAGCCAGCCUGAGCCCCAGCCCCUUCCUCAAAGUUUUUUUUGUUUUUUUUUUUUUUUUGAAGUGGUUGAAUUGCAGAGAUGGGUAUCUGGAGGGGUGGUGGGAAUGUGGAAUGGGGAGAAGGUGAGGAAGGUUCACUGGCUGGUACCUCAUAUCUUCGCAGAGAAGCCACUGAUGGCCACUCAGCCUUAUAAAGCAGGGUUUGGUUUCUAACUUCAGAGAGCCGUGUGUGGUUUGUUUCCGACCUUGGUUCGGCGAUUAAGUCACAGCUCUGGAGGAGAAACCGCACUGAACACAUUUGGGCCUGAAGUCCUUUGCCUGUAAUUGAGGAGGUCCCUCCAAAGGUCCUUAUCUCCUCAGGUCUCACCCUCAGUCCCGGCACCCCACACCCUGUCCUGAGGACACUUUGAGAAACCUUGAGUCUUCCUCAGUAGGCAGGCAGGGAGAGCCCGCACACGGAUAAACCCACUUCCUGUCGUCCUCGUCUUAAGGGCUUCACUUCCUCCAGCACCCAGCGGCCAGAAGUCCUGAGCCUUUGUAUUCUGACCUCACGUCACGACCUGUCCAACCUUCUGGACUUCUCUCAGGGAUGUUAGUUCUUGGUGCUCUGUGAGGUGAGAGGUCUCGUGAGCUUUGCAAAUUUCCUGUGGCCCCAGUGAAGGAGCCCAGAUAAUCAGUUGCUGUUGUCUCUGUCCAUCCAUCGAAGGACACAGUCCAGGGCAGGAGCUCUGAUUUCAUGUCCCCUCAACACAGAGGGAGUCUCGGCUUCUGCUUACUCCCGUCACAGUCUCUGAUUAGCGGGGUCUGGCUCCCAGGUCACGAGGGCAAGUGGAGUCUGGUGGCGUGGCAGGUGGGUUUCAGGAGCAGUCACCCCUGUAGGAUGGCUUUCUAGCCGGACCGCUGACGAAACUCUCGUAGUCUUAACUGAAUCUGCCUCCCCAAGACCCAGUAAGAUGGCAAGUGUGGGAUAAAUGUCGACUGAGUGAACGGUGCCUAUGAAGAACACGAGCCCCCGAGCCGGGCGUUCUGCUCCUUUCCUGGGGCAGAGUGGUGUCCAGGGGAAGUACACAGUGUGAUAGUGUGGAUCAGAAAGGUGCUUUUCGGGCGCCUGGGUGGCUCAGUUGGUUGAGCGACUGCCUUCGGCUUGGGUCAUGAUCCUGGAGUCCCGGGAUCGAG